CAGUUGAAUAAAAGUAUGAACAAAUUACCAUGAGCAAUAAAGGUAUAUGCAUAUGUUUUGUUUUGAUUAGCUUUAUUAUUAGAAGUGAGGCAGACAGAGCUAAAUAAUGUUGUAGGAAAACAUGUAAUUAAACAAAUUAGAGAUACAUACUCCUGACCAAGCUGUCAUACAUUAGCAGUGGUUAGCUCAUGCGGCUAAUGAUUCAACAUUCAUGAUAUUUUCCUGCUCUCUUGCAAAACAAUGAAAGUAAUAUAAGACUUUAUGAGAGAAGGAGGCUCACCAUGACCGACGACAGGCUUAAUGGAAGAUAAAGAAACAUAGAAACGCGAUUCUUCUUUUAAGAAAUUGGAGAUAUACAAGCUGUUAGCUAACAUGACGGAAACACUCUGACCCGGAUGUACUCAACAGGCGUUUUUGUGUUUUGUGUGCCCUCUUACGGGUAAAUUGUAAACUAUCACUUCAGAGUAAAAUACAUUUAAUUGAGAUCUUAAGAACCCAAAACUGUACAUUCUGCUUUAAUAGUAACGCAGCUUGCGGAAGAGACACGUAACUUGCGGCAGUUGUCAUAUCCGCUUUAACGUGUUCCUGUUUCUCGCGUAUCGUUACUGACGACCAGCUGCAGGGUUUCUCCCGGUGCUAACGUGAAGUGUUUUGUUGAUCUGUCUGAGUAACCGACAUGUUCACUUGCUAGCAAGGCGGAGCAUGACCGUAUCUCGGAUAGGGCGUUUGAAGAAAGUAAAGCUAGCAGGACGGGUAGCUAACGUCAGCUAACAUUAAACUGACGGGCGGCGCGUUUGCUCGCGUCACUUCCUGCCCCUUUGACACACUCGAGUCAGAAAGGCAAAAGGGGACAACAAUGCUGCAGCUAGGAGAUGAAGUCACCCUAUACUCGGUCGUCUUCGUGCUGGUCCUGCUGGGGACCCGCAGCCCGGUGUGGACAACCGCCCUCACCGCCUCGCUCUACCUCUUUCUGGUCAUGUUCCGGUUCCCCCAGGUACCAACCAGCCGAGCCCGGCAGGUGCUGCACCCAGUGGGUUCCGGCAAUGUGUCGGUGGUCGCUCACCGGUGCGGUGGGCACGACGCACCGGAGAACACAAUCGUAGCCAUCCGGGAGUCCAGUAAGAAUGGGGCGACAGGCGUGGAGUUGGACCUGGAGUUCUCAGCAGACAGUGUCCCAAUACUGAUGCAUGACGAGACUGUGGACCGGACCACCAACGGGUCGGGACCACUCAGCCAGAUGAGACUGUCCGAUUUGGGUAAACUGGACGCAGCUGCUAAACAUCGACUCAGGGACAAGUUUGCUGGAGAGAAGAUCCCAACUUUAGAGCAGGCGGUGGAGGAAUGCAUCAAACUGCAGCUCACCAUCUACUUUGAUGUCAAAGGUCAUCCAGAUGAGGCCGCUGCAGCCCUAAAAGAACUGUAUAAAAAGCAUCCAGUCCUCUACAACACCAGCAUUGUCUGCUCCUUUGAGCCAAAAGUCAUCUACAGGAUGAGGCAGAGCGACCCAGAAGUGGUCACAGCACUGACCCACCGGCCGUGGAGCCUGAGUCGGUUCGGAGACGGUGCCCCUCGUUUCUCGUCCCCAUGGAAGCACAGUUGUCUGACGCUCAUGGACGUGGUGUUGGACUGGGCGCACCAUCACGUGCUGUGGAAGCUCUGUGGCAUCUCAGCCUUCCUGAUACAGAAAAACUUUGUCUCGCCGGACUAUGCUCUGUACUGGGCCCAGAGGGGGGUGGAGGUGGUAGCCUGGACAGUCAACACAAAAGUGGAGAAAGAUUACUACCAGGAGGUGCUGCAAGUCAACUACAUCACAGACAGCCUGGUGGAAGACUGUGAACCCCAUUAUUGAAAACCAGCAUGAACCCAGAGCUUGAUGCGACAACCACAUAUUCAUUGAAAAGAUCAAGUACAUAUGAAAGGACAUUUCACUAUCUACUUGUCACCCAUAAUGUGGCAUCAGGUAAGAGAACAUGUGCCACACUCACUCCCAUGCACACUGUCUGUAUUGUGAGUGUUUGUUUGUUUGAGGCAGUCGAACUGACCAGACUGAGCGCCAUACUCGAUAACAAGAGGCACUACAUGUAAUGCAAUAAGUAUCUAUAAUGAACCUUAAUCAAACAUUCUGUAUUCACCAACUCAGGACUUUGCAUUUGUGUCUGUCUGUCGAGACCUGAAGAAUAGUGUCAUACACUGCGUCUGUGCCUUUUACUCAAUAACGGCCGUUCAUCUGGUGGAAACUACCUAGACUAAUAUUUAAGAGUAAUAUAAAUAACGAUUUCAUGUCUUUGACAAAUGCCUAUAUGGAACUGAAAUGCAGAAUAGAAUGAGAUUGGCAUAAGAUAAUGAGUUUUUGACUGUACAUCACUUUUCUAUGUGACGCUAAUUUGUUCUUGUUCUCAACGGACACACGAAGAACAGUCCUCAGCAGCUUCAUAUUGUACAUGCACCAUACAACACAGUGUUGUCAUUAAACAUUUUGAAAUGAACAUUGUUCUUAAGAAAUGAUGUGAUCUUCGUCAGAGGAACAUCACUUGGUUUCAUUGUAGCAGACCCGGACUUCUGCACUCCGCUGUAUCUGUAGAGCAGACACCAGUGACUCCAGGACCGUUUCAGGUUUCUUCUGUCAAAUCUUCUGUUCUCCUGUUGAGCUACAUAAUGAGGAAGUAGAAUUGGUCUCAAGCACUAUUUGGAAGCACAGUGACGUAUGCAGAAAUAUAGCACAGGUGUAGCUAACACCAACAACGUCUACUUGUGUAGGUAAGUUGUGCCGGUGAGCCGUCUUCUGCAAUUUCAGGGGCCUAGAAUUUGAAAACCUGAAUGGAAUGCAGCCAUUAUUAACUGUGUUUGACGAGGUCAUUUUGCCAUUAUAUCGGUGUCCAGACUCAACGGUGCUCUGAAAUAAAUGGAUAAAAAAA